AUGGAUAUAAGUAAAAGUAUAGGAAGGAGCAGAGAAGGCCAGACUAGGAAGGAGCAGUUGGGAUCAGAAGGAUAUCAUGAAAUGGGUACAAAAGGAGGGCAGACUAAAAAGGAACACAUAGGGACUGCGGACUACCAAGAAAUGGGACAUAAAGGAGGUCUCUCUACCAUGGAUAAGUCCGGCAGAGAGCAUGCUGCUGAGAAAUGCAUCAAUAUUAAUGAAUCCAAACAAAAAAAGCAUGAAGAGUUUGAUGAGAGGGCAAAGCAAGGUGAAACCGUGGUUCCUGAUGGUACUAGUGGCAAGAAUCUAGAAGCUCAAGAACACCUUGCGGAAGGAAGGAGUAGAGGAGGCCAGACUAGAAAGAAGCAGUUGGGAUCAGAAGGAUAUCAUGAAAUGGGUACAAAAGGUGGACAGACUAGAAAGGAACAGAUAGGGACUGCGGGCUACCAAGAAAUGGGACGUAAAGGAGGCCUCUCUACCAUGGAUAAGUCCGGCGGAGAGCAUGCUGCUGAAGAAGGCAUCGAUAUUAAUGAAUCCAAGUUUACCAACGGAAAAAAAUAGAUGUUAUGAAACUGUUGUCUUGAUGCAUGUUCCCAUACUUAGUUGCUAAUAAUGUCGUUGUUCUCGUACUUAGUUCUUCCAUACUAUCGUUGUUAGGAUUUAUAUUUUGUUUUAUGUCUACUGUUUGUGUUGGUUUAUCUUCGUUGUCCUACUAUUUAGUUGCUAAUAAUGUAAUUUGCUAUGAUUUAUAUGUUGUUGUUUUGUGUGUGUACUGUUUGUGUCUCUUUAUCUAUAAAGGCAAAUGCUAUAAAGUUAUUGUUUUGACUGUUA